AUAAAUUGGUCAUAUAUUAGAAGAGAUCACAUCGAUUAAGAAGUGACUGCUUCGUGUAAAUUUGAGGGCAAAGUUUAAGGGAUGAUAAUGGAGGAAGAGUUAUUCGACUAUGAUGACGAUUCCAUGGCACCAGAAAAAAUGGCCAUAUACAAAGAGGCGUUCGAGUUAUUCGACAAAGAUGGUAAUGGCAACAUCACGACCGGGGAUCUUGGCACCGUCCUCCGCACGCUGGGAUGGAAACCCACGGAGUCGGAGUUGGACCAGAUUGUUUUGGAGGUCGACGCCGACGCAAGUGGAACGAUAGACUUCAUCGAGUUCCUGACAGUAGUCAAGACCACUCCGCUAAAUGAGAACGAAGACAUCGAACUCAGAGGUGCCCUGUCUUGUUUUGAUUACAACAGCGAUGGUUUAAUCAGCGCGGCGGAGAUCAGGCACAUGAUGACGAGCACGGGCGAGAAGGUGACGGACGAGGACGUCGAUAAGAUGCUAGCGGAUUGUCAGAUUGAUGGGGAUGGCAUGAUCAGCUAUGAGAGUUUGGUAAAGAAGAUGGUUCUGAACGAGGGAGAUACGCUAUUUACGUGAUCACGGGAUGGACAUCUGACUUUACCAAUGUUCUUCCCAUAGCAAACGAUUUCUAAAAGGUUUAUUUGAGUUUCGAAGCUGGACUGGUACUCUCCUUGUCCUUGUAUGCUGAUAAUCCUAGGCUGAUGACAGGUCUUGCCCAAGGAAUAGUCGUUUCUCAUCGGAACACGCACUGACGGUCGUCGCUGAUCGAUAGCAAAAACAGUUAUGAAAACGUUCACACCAUAAUUUCUUUCGAAGAUUGGUGCAAGAUAUUGAUACUUACCAAUAUAGAUCUUUGACCCAAACUUAAUAUUACCAACAUUCGGAUCGAUGUCUCGUCUGUUUCAAAGCGUUGAAAAUAUGAACAUGAGGACACGGGAGCGGGUACCAGACUUAGUAAUUUGAGGAGAUAAAAUCGUGCGUUGUUUACAAAACUUAUCAAGCGGAACAACAGGGUACAACUGUGUUUAUGUUUAAAACAUUAAAGAUAUGUUGUUGAUCUCAUUGACAAACAUGUAUGUUGUAAUUUAUAUUUUGAAUAAAUUUUAUACAUUUUUGAGAAA